GCUCGAGUCGCUGGAAAGCUGCGGACGCGACUACCUCGUUUCUUUUUGCCCGCUGUCCGCUCGUCUAUGAUAUGCAAAGCGAUGCUGACGAGGCUGCACUAGGCUUGCUCGGGCUCACCGGUGCCUUCCCUUCGCCUUCCGCAACCACCACCACCAUCCCAGCCAAACGAAAGCAGCCUCCUCCAUCACCUCACUCUCCCUCCUCUCGCGACGGCCACGACUCUCAAAGCUCAGACACCAUCUCCUGCAUCUGUGGCUUCACCUACGACGACGGCUUCUCCAUCGGCUGCGACUCCUGCGCUCGCUGGGUCCACGCCGCCUGCUUCAGCAUCGUCGAGCACCAAGUCCCCGACGAGUGGUAUUGCUGGGUCUGCGAGCCUCGUCCAGUUGACAGGGACCGUGCCGUCAAGCUUCAGAAAGCACGCCAGCGCCAGGCCGUCGCUCAGGCCAGCGCCAACGCCCCAACCAACUCCCGCCGACGUGCCUCCCCCGGUGUCGAACGCAAGACCCGCAAGCCCAGCGCCCUCGCCGCCGCCGAUGGUCCUUCUCAUGCCAACGACAAGGCCGCCCACGGCAACAAGCGCAAGCGACGUGCCUCCACCUCCGUCAACCCCCAUCACCACCCGCAUCCCCAGGAGGACGAGCACGUCGACAUCGACGAGCCGUGGACCCAUUCUUAUGUCCCCAUCACCAAGGACAUCAUACCCGGUGACGAAACUCGCGAUCGACUUCGGCGCGUCGCCUCGGACUGGCGUGGGGUCUCUGCGAUCAACGCCAACCCGUCGCCCUCCCCGUCCCUCCCCCAUACCCCGGGCUGUACCACCCCGGCCCUCCUUACCUCCGACGACCUGCCGUACGCCUCCUCCGCCUCUCUAUGCCCUCCGCAGAUCUCUCUUGCUCACUUGCACGGGGCUGCCUCGGGGACGGCCUGGCCGGGUUUGGUCUCGACCGGGAACUCGGUACGUCCGCCGUCAUACGCUGUUCAUGCGACCCAGCCUAUCCAAUCCUCCAAGCUCAUCGCUCCCUACCCGUCGACGAUCAUCCCCACGGCCAUGUACCUCCGCGACCCGCUCAACGCUUACGCCCACCUAGGCAUGCCCAAGCCGUACGUCCAUCUCUUCGGCCCGCCCUUGGACGUCGCGCUCGAUGCGAGGAUCACCGGAGAUCAGUCGAGGUUCGUGAGGAGUGGUUGUAGGCCGAACGCCAUUCUCCGGCCCAUGUUCUGCGGCCCGCAAGCGAAGAAAGCUGGCAAGGACGAACGGGAGGAGGGUGUCACGUUCGGGAUCUUCGCGUUGAGAGACUUGAAGGCGAACGAGGAGAUCGUACUAGGUUGGGAAUGGGACGACGACAACGUCGUUCACCAUCUGCCUGCCCUCAUCCAGAGUCCGUUCGCAUUCCCCCAACAUCAAUUGCAGCACUUUCGCAAGCAGAUGACCUCCAUGCUCCACUCUCUCGCUUCGACUUUCACCACCUGCGCCUGCGGUGCGAAGGCUCGCGACUGUGUCCUCACCCGCAUCGCCGAGUUCGUUGAGAACCAGACGCCCCUCACUCCUUCGCCUUCGCCUCCAUCCCAGUUCACGAAAGAGAAGGAGAAGCACGCCGGCAAGUCGCGCAAGGGUGACCGCGCAGAGGACAAGGGCAGCCCUGCUCCCGUCGACCUUGGACCUCUCAUUGGCAUCGAGCGUGGGUUCCGUACCCGCGAGCGCAUCCCGUCCUCCGGCGGCAUGGGUGGCGUCGAGCUCGUUCCUCCCUCGUCGUCUGCAGAGGCAGGCCCUUCUCGGCUUCCCGCGGACGUUUCGUCUAAAUCAAGGAGAGUGUCCUUUCCCGACGAUUUGCUCAAUUCGCACACGAAGACCAAGAAGGGAAAGAGCAGAAAGGGGAAGGCGCGGGCUGAGGACGACGAUGUGAGUGAUGGCGAGAAUGAGCGGGGUAAAGGUCGUCCGCGCGCGCGCCGUCGGUCAGGCAUUGAACCCGAGCCCGAGGCGAUGGACGUCGACGAACCGCCCCGAGAAGAAUGUUUGCCGCCAAAGCUGCGCAAGGCGUGGAUCGCCGCAAAGAGCGCGGAGCGAUUGCGGGAGCAGAGGCGCGGCGACGCCAUGUCGUCUGCGUCGUCUACUGGAGGCGGGAUGGACGACGUCAAGGACGAGUCUUACUUUGACUCUCGGGACAUGCCACCGCCUCCGGUCCCGCACUUAUACGCGCCGCCCGACCUUCCGAGUUCGUAUUAUCCUCCGCCUAUUUCGGCUACGUCUUCGUCUUCGUCUUCCUCGUCCACCUCUUCGAGACAACGCGCGGCUACCGACGGCGGAACCGCGUCUCCUUCCGUGCCUUUCUCCAAGUUAUCGCUGCUUUCGCCUGUCGCUCCUCUUCCGUCCGAUGCUUCGCGACCCAACGCCCCGCCCACACCCUCCACCUCGAAGGCGCCCGAGAAGCCCGCGAAAGCUGACCCGAAAAAUCAGGAACGGCCUUCACAACCCCCAGCGUCUGACGCUGUUCCCGCGAAGCGGACCACCAAGCCUGCGAACGCCAAGGCGGCCAAGGGUAAGGAGAAGGCGAAGGAGCCGGUCGAGGAGUCCGAGAGUGAGAAGGAGGUGAAGCCCAGGCCAAAGCCCAAAUCGAAGGUCUCGAAGGAAUCCGCGAAGGACAAGGAUAAGGAGCAAGCUAUGCGCCCGUCGACGCCCGCCACGGAGGCCGAUGAGCCUGUUCUCCAGCCGUGCCUCCGCCGCGACGGCACUUCCAGUCCCAAGCCGACCAAGAGGGCUGCUCCUGUGUCGGUCGCGCGAAUCCGAGAGAAGGCCAAGGAGAAGGAGAAAGCCAGGUCCGUGUCGGCGGAGGCGUCGACGGCGAGGUCAACAGCUACCGCCUCACCUUCCAUACCGCCGACUUCACUGGCGGUUUUGUCCAUCCCGACGUCGCCUGCGCCGCCAACGACGACUCCCGUCAUCCUGCGGCCGGAGCUUCCUCCUGAGCCCCCAGACCAGACGUUGUCAUCAGCCGGAUUCGCUGCCGACGUUGAAGACAAGACUACCGACGCAAUGGAUGUCGACUAUGCGCCCGACUCGUCGCCGAAGGCACUCCCAAUUGUCUCAGCGCCGGCUCCACCAACUCCUCCCGCCGUGUCUUGCAAUGCGGUCCCAACGUCUACCGCUCCCUCUCCAUCUCCAGUUGCAUCUCCUGUUGUGCCACCAUCCAUCCUGCUAUCUCCUCCGGUGCCUACAGCGCGCAGUCCGUCGCCACCGCCGACGCUUUCCCAACCCUCGGAAGCGCACAAGGUGUCCCGUCCGGAGUCGGAAUCCGAACCCGUAGCGGCCGAGCCCGCAGUGCCCGUACAAGAUGUCAUGGAGGUUGACGACCAUGAAGCCGAUAUCCGCCAGUCAUCUCCCGCUGUCCAGCCUGCGGUAGAUACGGCAUCCGUUUGCGUGGUCGGUCCCUCGGAGUCGGAAGCUAUGUCGGAGAUCGUCGUCGACCGUCCACCAGCUCCUCCAUCCGAGCCGCUAGCUGAGCUAGCGCGCGAAUGUGAGCCCGAGCAGCCCAAGGAACCUCCUCCCACGAAGGUCAAGCUUUCGCUCAAGGACUUUGCGCUGCGCAAGAAGAAACAGCGCGAGGAACAGAAGGAGCGAGAGAAGGAGGAGCAGGAGAAAGUCGCUACGGAGUCGCCUCGCAUCCCGAUGACUCGCCCAGAUCCAGACUCGGAGUCCCCUGCAGCUGCUGCAGCACCAGAAUCGAACGUCUCUGGCUCAGACGCGAGCAUGAAGGCGCGUACAGACGAUGAACAUGCAGACGUGAAGACGACGGAGCAAGUGAAGGUUCCUGAGGUCGAGCUCGCGGAGAAUGAGAGGUCGCUACAGGAACCGCUGAGCAGGGACGGUCUCAAACAUGUGAACGGCACAACAUCUGACUCCAUGGGCGUGGACAUGGAUCGAUCAGGCGAGGAGCGCCGCCCGCUGUCUCCUGUUGCCCAAGACGUGAAGUCGGAUGCCUUGCCCAACGGUCACACGACGCAAGCUUCAUCUCGGCGGUCGCCGACACCCGAGCGGUAUCUCAAUGGUCACAAGAGGGCCAGCUCACCUAUCAGUGAUGGGAGGCGUCGCUCUCCCAGCGAGGACUUGGAUUGGAGACGUCGCAGUGCGGGUCGCCGUACACCGAGCGAAGAGUUCGAAGAUCGUCGUGACCAUCGGAGGACAGAUUCUCUCCAGGCUAAAGUCGAGUUGCUCGAUAACCAUAUACUGAACGGCUUCGCUGCGCCCGCGCGCGACCUUUCCCCUGUCGAUUCCUAUCUGGUCCAGGACAGCGACCAUCAGCACACUGUGAGCCCCGGCACUCCUCCCCGUACAACCUCUCCCAAGCUGUCGUACUCGCCUCCCCGGAAUCCCCUUUCUCGUCCGCCUCAGACUCAACCGCCGUCCCAGGAAGACGGUGAGAUCUUCAGCCCUCCCCCGCCCAAGGCUCCACCGCUUGCCCCCCGUUCGCACACGCCACCAACACAUCCGCGCUCGUUCUAUACUGCACGCGGGGACACCUCGCCGACGCGCCGGUCCCCGCCACUCUCUGCACGUCGGCCUCUACAUCCCACGCAGUACCCUCGUAACUCAGGCCCACCCCGUCUCGCCCCGAGUGCCCCUCGAGCGUUGCGAGAGAGCGGGGCCUAUCCACCUUUGUCUAUGUAUGCCGGGCAGAACGCGCCCUACUUCGCACCUCGGGGUCCGUCUGCAGAUCGUGAUCGUGAACGAGACCGGGCGCGAGAUUGGGGACGAGAUAGGGGCGACAGUGACAGAUCAUGGAUCCCGGGGCCGUCGAGAGGUCGAGGUCGAGGGACGUGGGGUAGGUAGGGUUAGCAGAUGUAUUCAUCAAUAUGAAGGGCAGCAUUCGCAAUGUGCGAUGUCUUUUUUGUAAUGUAGCAUACGAAGUUGCGCUUACAGUACGGACUGUGUUUUUGUCUACGUUUUACUUUGUGCUUCGGUCUAUCCCCCUCUUACACUGCUCUGAAUGCGUUUGACUCCUCAUGUUCAGUUCGUGCUGCGUUGUCCGACCAUUGUUUCGCUGUUCUCGUGUUUAUUGAGUAUGGUAUUGCAGAGCAGUCUCCCAUGAGUCGUAGAUAAUUCAUCGUCUGUAGUCCACAACUUGUAACUCAAGCUACGUACUAAUAUAAUAUACGCCGCCUGUAUCCUGAGC